AUGACUCGACACCUCCGCUACAGCUCUGAGCUCGUUCGUUCCCCAGACUCGCCGUAUUCCCGCCCUCCGAUGCAAUUCACAACACGCGAGGCCGAGCUUAUCAAGAACUUUACUGAAAACAUGGCUUUAUGGGCUGAUGCAACAGAUAUGAAUCGCCACUUUGAGUUGGAAGUUCCCCGCCGGUCGUUGUACUUCCCCGUGCUACGAUACGCGGUUUUCGCCUUCUCUUCGCGUCAUAUCAAUCGAGACAAGGUAGACACUUCGACUGAGGCACUGGAGUACUACAAUUCUUGCCUAAGUGUCUUGAUAGAAGCUGUUGAUAAGGCGAGUGGACAUAUCGAUGAGGAGACUCUUGCCGCUAUUGCCAUACUGCGGCAGUACGAGGAGAUGGACGCGGAGGAUAUGGAAAUGCACCUGACGGGAACAUCCAGGAUCGUCAACUCGAUGUCAGAGUUUGACUUCAACGGCGGUCUUGGUGAGGCUGCAGCGUGGCUCUGUCUCCGACAAGACAUCUAUGUCUCAUUAACAAGACUACGGCCUCUGAGAUCAAACCUUGAGAACUAUCUCCAAUCUGAUAUUUUUCGACGCACCGAUGAUGCAGCCUACGCAAACAGAAUGGUCUACCUUCUCGCCCGAUCUCUUGGCUCCAUCUACCCAUCCGACUCAUCCAUCUCUAACGAAAGCCUGGAGAGCAUUCGACUGGAUGUCGAUGGUUGGUUUGACUCCAAGCCGGCUGCUUUCAACCCAAUCCUCGAAAGCGGCAGAAAUAAGGAUAAAGGGAAAUUGCUACCUACUGUUUGGGUCCUUUCGCCUUUUCACUCCGUGGGUUUGCAAUACUACCAUAUUGCCAAGAUUGUUCUGGCCAUGUCUUCACCUAUUGCUACAGAUUCAGUCUUUGAGCAGAUCCGAGAGAGCAAGAAGGUUGAGCGAACGAUUCGAAACCAUUUACUUCAGAUAAUAGCGUUAGCAAGCUCCCAUGCAAAAGCCGAAAAUGCGCUAUUCACAGCUCGGCAUUCAUUAUCAGUUUGGGGCAGCGUUUUUACCGAAAAGUUGGAUCAGGAUAUGGUUCUCGACUUUUUACGACACAUUCAACAAAAGACUGGCUGGCAAACAGAUUCACUAAGUUUAUCAUUGCAGCAACAAUGGACGCAAGACACCAAUGAGGACUGA